CCGGGGUGUGGUCGCCCCGCGUCCCGCCCCGCUCCUCUCCUCGGCUGCCGGCGCCGGCUCGGUGGUGGCUCUGGUCACACAGCUUCCGCAACGCAUCGCAGCUGCCGCCCGGCCCGCCAGCUCCUGGGACCAUGGCCAACCUCGAGCGCACCUUCAUCGCCAUCAAGCCGGACGGCGUGCAGCGCGGCCUGGUGGGCGAGAUCAUCAAGCGCUUCGAGCAGAAGGGGUUCCGCCUGGUGGCCAUGAAGUUCCUUCGGGCCUCGGAGGAACACCUGAAGCAGCACUAUAUUGACCUGAAGGACCGUCCCUUCUUCCCUGGGCUGGUGAAGUACAUGAACUCAGGUCCAGUGGUGGCCAUGGUCUGGGAGGGGCUGAAUGUGGUGAAGACAGGCCGAGUGAUGCUUGGGGAGACCAAUCCAGCAGAUUCUAAGCCAGGCACCAUUCGUGGGGACUUUUGCAUUCAAGUUGGCAGGAACAUCAUUCAUGGCAGUGAUUCAGUAAAAAGUGCUGAAAAAGAAAUCAGCCUAUGGUUUAAGCCCGAAGAACUGGUCGAUUACAAAUCUUGUGCUCAUGACUGGGUCUAUGAAUAGAGGUGGACAAACAGGAGUCCCCGCCACUAAUGCCUGAUGGGUCUCUGGACACAGCUGUUCAUUCCACAGACCAGAAGCAAUAGGAUGGAUUUUUUUCUAAAGUGUUAUUUACCUACCUAUAAAGCCUUGGAA